AUGUCCUUAAACCCAUUCAGCAUCAAAGUUCCUGCCUCCUCGGCCAAUAUCGGACCUGGUUUUGAUGUUUUGGGGAUCGGUUUGAACCUUUAUUUGGAAAUCAAGGUGGAAGUUGAUCCAACCAAAGACACCUCCGAUGAUCCAUAUAACGCUAAAAUAAAGUACGAAGGAGACGGUGCCGAGAACGUGCCACUUGAUCUGGGUAAGAACUUGGUCACUCAAACUGCGUUGUAUAUAAUGAGAUGCAAUAAUAUCAACAAAUUCCCACCAGGGACUCAUAUCCAUGUCACUAAUCCAAUUCCAUUAGGUAGAGGUUUGGGUUCUAGUGGUGCAGCCAUUGUAGGGGGGAUAAUGUUGGGGAAUGAAAUCGGCCAAUUGAAGUUAUCUAAGGAAAGAAUGCUUGAUUAUUGCUUAUUGAUUGAAAGACACCCAGAUAAUAUAGCAGCUGCCAUGUUGGGUGGAUUUGUCGGAUCAUACUUGAAUGAAUUGUCCCCACAGGAAACCCAAGAUAAAAAUGUUCCUUUGGAAACUAUUUUACCCAAGUCAACCACUCCUAAGGAAAAGUACGAAACCAGACCUCCUCCUGAAAAAAUUGGUCAAUAUUUACAGUACAAUUGGAAUAAGCAAAUCAAGUGUGUUGCCAUAAUACCUAAAUUCGAGGUCAAAACCGAUGACUCGAGAGCAGUGUUACCUGAAUCGUAUACUAGACCAGACAUUAUUUUCAACUUACAAAGAUUGGCCAUAUUGACUACUGCUUUAACUCAUGAAACUCCAAACAACAAGUUGAUCUACGAAGCCAUGAAAGAUAAAAUUCAUCAACCUUACCGUGCGACCUUGAUUCCUGGCUUAGUUGAGGUCUUGAACUGUGUCACUCCAGACUCCAACCCCGGCUUAUGUGGUAUUUGCUUAUCGGGUGCCGGUCCAACCAUCUUAUGUUUAGCAACUGAAGGUUUUGAUGAUAUCGCUAAAACCGUCAUCUCCAUUUUCAACAAGGAAAAUGUCGAAUGCUCCUGGAAGUUGUUAGACUUGGCCUACGACGGUGCUACCGGACAAGGUAAGAUGACCAAGUUAUCAGAUACAUUCAGUGUGAGUGACUUGCAAACAAAAAUAGUCACCGAGGACAUCUUGGAAAGAUCGUCUUCAAGACCAAUAUACCUUUCAUCGGUUGAAGUUGUUGGAGGAGAAACUUUUUCAACUGAUUUCUUUAAGAAAUUACUAUCACCACUUGUUGAGAAUAGUGAUUAUACUUUAGGGGAAUUAAUCACCAAUGUCAAUUCCAGCUAUUCCAAAUUGGUUAAAACCGAUGUGUUUAAGAAUAUCGGAGUAUCAUUACACUCGGAUUAUGCUUCCAAAAUUCCAUCCGACGUUAAAGUUUACAAUAAUGAAAAGUCUAUACCUACCAAGGUUAUAUUUGAUGUACAAGCCAUUAACUUGAAUACCGGUGAAGGGUUUUUCACCUUCAAUAACGAUGAUAAUUUAAAUGUUAACUUGAAUUAUCUUAAUAAUAAUUUCAACGAAAAUGCAGAAUUGGUCAACUUUGGAGUUAAUUAUAAUCCUUAUAAACCUAAUGAACAUUUGAUAUCAAAUGGGAAGUUUAUUGCCAACUUGAACAACCCAUCUUUCAAAUUCAUCAUUGACUUAUUCAAUACCAAUCAAAAUAAUCAAGCCUGGCAACAAAAUAUGGAAAAAUCUACUGGUGGAUUAAUUGGAUUACAAUAUGUCAAUACCAACAAAUCUUUUGCCUUAUUGAAUGGUGUCUCCUUAGCCAAAAGAACAAUUUACGAUAUCGGAGACGGUGCUUCUGAUGACUUGAAAUUUUUCGGAGGUGACUAUUUGAAACUGUCAUUUGUAAAUCAAUUGGUUUUAAGUAAUUUAACCACUCUCAAUAAAAUCACCAAUAAUUUCCCAAUCUUUGGUUAUAAAGUUUUAUUGUCUAACGAAAUUAGUUCCAAUCAAGAACACGAAAAUCCAAAUAACCAAUCGGCAUUCUUAAAAUCAAAUAUCGGGUUGAAUUUUUUCAAAUCAUUCUGGGAUAAUAAAAUUACAACCCAUUUCUUCAAUGAAGCUGGGCUCAUAUAUUCAACCGGCUCAUCCAAAAAUGAAAAUAGCCUCUCCAACAUUCAUAUAAGUGAUCGUUUCUACUUAGGUGGUUUCAACUCUUUUAGAGGUUUCACAAGAAAUUCAGUCAAUACCAAUGGAGGUUCUCAAUUCUAUAAAUCGGGAUUAACCGUCUUUGCUAAACUUCCUUCAUUCAUCUAUUCUCCUCACAAAAUAUCUGCCACCAACGUUGCUUCUCUUGAAGAUGGUUUAGGUUACGAAGCAAAUCCUUUGAGAUUAUACGCUACUGGUUUGGUCGGUAACGUCGCUGAAAACCUCUUGCUUGAGAAAAAUAACGGAGUGGCCUCUGCUGGGGUUGGUCUCAAGUAUAUCAACCAUUGGGCUAACUUUGAUUUGGGUUAUUUCAUCUCCAGAAGAUUUGGUAAUGAUCUUUCUUCUUCUGGUAUUAAAGAUGGUUUCCAAUUCGAAGUCUCCAUUGGAGGCUCAAACUCUUCCCUUUAAAAUCGUAACGUUGUACUUCUUUAUUUAGACUCUACAGAUUCUAAUUCAUUCUCCUUCUAAGUUUG